AAUUUGGAAACAAUCGCCGGGCUAUUCAGUAUCAAACGUGUGUGAUCGCGGAACGGUUGCUGAGCGCGCCACUGUGAUUUCGUUCGAGAAAUUUUCGAAAAGGUGUUGUAAUAGAUGCCGCGGUGAAAUGAAAGUGGCUAUUUUGGGAUUCUGUUGUCUGGUGGUUGGGAUUUUGGAGGUUUUCCCCAAACCGGUGCGGGAAAACCCCCAAAAAGUGGCAGUCGAAAUCGAAUCCGUACUGGACGAGAAGAGGGGCAACGGAACGGUUUAUGCCCACUAUCUUUCCGAUGGAACGUUUGUCCGCCAAACGACCUACACCAAAAUAGUGGACGGUGCAGAGAUCGUAGUUCAGGAGGGUGAAUACUCGUUCAUCGGUAUCGAUAAGCUACGCCACAAAACCACCUACAUCGCGGAUGAAAAUGGCUACCGGGCUCAAGCUUCCGUAUCGAAUAUGACCGGUUUCAUCGAGGACAACAUUGAUCCCAAAGUGCUGGGAUCCUUGAUAGGCUAGACUCCGCUUUUGGCCACCCCUCCAAGUGAUGAGACUGCAGAUUUAGGUUAAACCCAUAAUAAAGAGAUAAUUUAAUUUAUUACACCUCAAAAGCGCUGCCCUCUUCACUGAACCGUAAACAACCGCACAAUAAACGUUAAAAAACACAGGCGACGAACCCCUCCAGCGUCCCUAAGAUCGAAACUGGACCACAACUCACACUCCCCUUGCUGGUGGACGACCGCCAAAGUUGGGUUUAGGUGUCAGGUUCAACAUCUCAUGAACUGACCCCUCAAGACCUCAACAGGAUGCUGCACACGGUAAUUGCCCGCUCUCAUCACGUGUGUUUGAUAUUGUUAACCAGAGAGGUUAAUUGACCUUUUCAUCCCGACA